GCUUUAGACCUCCCGCCUCACAUGCCAGCGGGGCUGGGAUUAAUAAAUGGCCCGAGCUCAACGUUUUUUCUGGGACGAAACUUUUGCAUUUGCUUUUGCAUCUGCAUCUGAGGAAUUUCUUGUACAAAUUCUCGGCAUUUCAAAGCAAAUCUUCAACAAAACAGUAACGAUGGCUGACGAUGGAAUGUUAAUGAAUUUUGAGAUUGGGGAGGUACCAAUAGUUCUCAAACAAUCAUUUAAAGGAGGACGUUGGAAGGAUCGAUUGGCUGCAAAGAAAACCGCACAGCACCGAGUCUCCAGGAGCACAAACAAGCCCUCGACGAGAGAGAUAUUUUCCGAACGACAGCAUGAUACUGGCGCGGAAGAGUACAUUGGUCGCGAGUCCUCGUUGAGGGCCCCAAAGAGACAACGGGUUGACGAUAAUUACGAUUCUUACGGUGGAAGAAAUGAAAGUACAGCAGCUUAUGCUUCCGGAAAACUUCCAUCUGGCAGCAUAAAUGUUGGCAGGAGUAGGAAAACUACUUUCCAGGAAGAAACUAGGCCUGCAUUUGUCGCUGGCAAAUUACCCCCUGGUAGUAUCAACAUUAGUGGGAAGAAGGCGACCCCAAUCCAGGAAGAAACCAGACCAGCUUUUGUUUCCGGAAAAUUGCCUCCGGGAAGUAUAAAUUCUGGCGCAAAGAAAGCCAUUUCUUUCCAGGACGAAAAGAAACCUGCUUACAUUUCUGGAAAAGUCCCACAUGGUAGUAUCGAUGGCAUGCGAAACCGUGAAAUGGCCGCUGUGCACCGCGAGAUCGCCGAAGGCGGGAGGAAGCCAGGCCAGGUUGUCUCGUCUUUAUUUACAUUCAAUCCUACUUCAAAGAAAAAGUUUGAUGAACCAGAAGAAGAAUCAGAACCGGCGAAACCGUCCAAUGCGCCUUUGACAGAGGAAAUGGCAACAUUCACAAAUCUAGGACUAUCGAGAAGACUUGCCGCCCAUUUAUCCACAAAACUUGAUAUGAAAGCUCCAACUGCAAUUCAAAAAGCAUCUGUGACGCAACUGAUAUCGGACGAUAGCGAUGCUUUUAUACAAGCAGAGACUGGAUCUGGAAAAACCUUGGCAUAUUUACUGCCUAUAGUGGAGCGAAUAUUGGCUUUGAGUGAUAAUGGGAUACAAAUACAUCGAGAUUCUGGACUUUUCGCCAUUAUUCUUUCACCUACAAGGGAAUUGUGUAAACAAAUCGCAGCUGUUCUGGAGAAGGUUUUACGCUGUGCUCCAUGGAUAGUUGGUACUACGGUCAAUGGAGGAGAAAGCAAACAAUCAGAAAAGGCUAGACUUCGAAAGGGUGUCAACAUCCUUGUUGCAACACCAGGGCGAUUGGCAGAUCAUCUUGACAAUACCGAAGUGUUGAAUGUAGCUACUGUGAGAUGGCUAGUGUUGGAUGAAGGAGAUAGAUUGAUGGAACUUGGAUUCGAGGAAGAGAUUAAAGGUAUCGUUGAGAAAAUUGGUCGGAGAUCUGUGGCCAGUGGCAAUUCGGAAAUGAUGUCUCUUCCCAAGCGAAGAGUUACGAUUCUGUGCUCUGCUACGAUGAAGAUGAACGUUCAGCGCUUGGGAGAGAUCAGUUUAAAAGAUGCUGUGCACAUUCAAGCGGAUCUAUCGGAACAAGAGAAACAAGACAAGGCGAAUGGUAUUGAAGCCGAUGAUAAAGCAUUCUCUGCGCCUACCCAAUUGAAGCAGUCAUAUGCUAUUGUUCCUGCAAAGCUACGCCUUGUUACUCUGACAGCUCUCCUAAAACGUGCCUUUGCACGAAAGGGAUCCGUGAUGAAAGCAAUUGUUUUUAUGUCUUGUGCAGACUCUGUCGACUUUCACUUCUCACUCUUUUCUCGCAGUGCCGAGAAGUCAUCUGAAGCUACAGAAGAGGAAAAGGUUGAUCUACCCACGCUGCCUAAAUCGGAACUGAUCAAAGAGACUAUUGCGCACGGAGCUACGAUUUCGAACAACUCCAACCCUGUAAUUUUACACAAGCUUCACGGAUCUCUUGCACAAAACAUUAGAACGGCAACGCUCAAAGCGUAUUCUGAAUCUGCCGAUCCUUGUGUUUUGAUAUGUACUGAUGUUGCAUCUCGAGGUCUUGACCUUCCAAAUGUUGACUUUGUCAUCGAAUACGAUCCGCCUUUCAGCGCUGAAGAUCAUCUGCAUCGUGUUGGACGAACGGCCAGAGCUGGUCGUGAGGGUCGUGCUUUGAUCUUUCUCAUGCCCGGCACCGAGGAGGAAUAUGUAUCUAUCUUGGCUUCCGGGUACCGUGAAGGAAAGAAGGCCCUGACACAUCACACUGCCGAAGAUUUGAUACAAAAGGGUUUCGGUGGUACAGGUCGCGAAUGGGAAGAGAGGGCUACCAAUUUCCAACUAGAAGUUGAGCGAUGGAGUUUAGAUUCACCAAGAUAUCUCGAAAUGGCACGUCGUGGAUUUCAGAGUCACAUCAGAGCUUACGCCACUCACGUUGCAAACGAGAGACACAUAUUUAAUAUGCAAGAACUGCACUUAGGUCAUUUAGCCAAAGCAUUUGCCUUACGAGACAAACCUGGAAGUAUCAAGGUACCAGGAUUGAGACCAGCGAAAAUGACAAAAGCAGACAGAAGUGUCGCGGCUAGGAAGGCGAAGAGAGGUGAGAAAGAAGAAGAGAAAGCUCCGGAAGGAGAAAGAGUACGGAAACAGAGGAAAAUGGAGUUGGAUCUACCUACUGUGGAUAGUAAUGAGGUUGCCGCGAGGAUGAAGAGGAAAAUGAAGGAACAUAUGUCUGCCGCGAGUGAGUUUAAUAUUGGUUGAGUAGUGGUUCACCCCAUUGUUAGCACAUACGGAAAUACAACUAAAAUUGAUGCUCAUUUCUAUCAAAUCAACUUGAAGAGACAUCCAUCUGUUCUUUUACAUUUUUCUCGUCACUUCUUUUAAUGAUUCAAGAUUUAUGAGAUCCUUCUUGUAAAAUAACCUAUGUCGCACAAGAUCUUUGUGGCUUCUGACUAGAUUACUGUCAUCAUCCCCGCGACGCAACCCAGAAACGGCAAGUCCAUCCCACAGUUAAUAAACCACGGAUGGGAAAACAUUGAGACAAUCUCAGAUACGUGAUUGCUUCAGAUUCAGAUUCUUCGCCCACUUCUACGGCCGCCGAUUGUUUUAUCAGUAGAGUCAAAUGGCCCUUUUUUCUCACGAUGCAGAUGCCAACGCCCUGCAGUAAUGAAUGGGCUACUCCUUUGCGAGUUCUGCCGAGGAGUGGAGAUACAUGUAUAUAAUUCAGGUGCAUGUAUUCUGUGCGAUGUCGUACUCAAGUUAUUUGAAAAUAUGGGUGCUCGCUGCCAGGAUUUGUGGUCUAUGAACUGCUGUACUAAAUAUCCAGGCACAUACGAGUUAACGUGGCGGCCGGAUGGAAGGAGACAAAAGGAGUAUUCAGUAA